AGUCCCGCAGACAGACGCCGACUUGACACUUGUGCGAUUUUUUCUUUACUUUUGAAUUUAUCGCCAAAAUCCAACGUCUGGAUUGUAACUUGCUAUCUUCGCAACUUUUACAAUAAUUUGUAUUAGACGUUGCUUGCAACCUGAGGAUGUAUUUAUGAUUUCCCCUGCUUUUGGCGUUUGGACGAUUGACGGCAUGGAUGCGCUGGCAGCCCUGCAGAGAGAGCGCUCAUCCGCAGCAGGAAGCUAGCCAUGCCUCUCUAGGCCUCCACCCCCCCGACACCAACACCACCUCCACCUGCUCUCACCCGAGGGACGCUGAGAGUCUGAUGGGGGAGCGACGAGCGAGGUCCUUCCACAUGACCUGCCACCUGCAGCGGGACUACGGCAGCAGCUUGGCGGGGCCCUUCGCACCAUACGGCCCCAACGGCUACACCAGCACCAGCCUCAGCCUGGACCGGGAGAUGGACGCUGACCCUUGUCCGGCCGGCGCCGGUCCCAUCGGAGGCCGAUAUUCUCCCGUCUCAAUGGAACGGGACCCCGCGGCGGGGAAUGAUGGAUCGGGCGUCCCCGCGGCCGACGACCCGGCGCUGCAGCUUGUGCCCGGUCAGCCGUCCGUGGCCCAGGCGCCGCCACCUCUGCCGCCUUCCAGCUGGCUACGUCACCACCAGAAGGAUUUCCAGCGGCCGUACGUCAAGACCAGCAUGCAGGGGGACGUCUAUAACUUCCUGGAGAGACCGGCUGGACUCAAGUGCUUCCUCUACCACUUCCUUGUGUUCCUGAUGGUGCUGGUGUGUCUCAUCUUCAGUGUCCUGUCCACCAUCGAGCAGUAUGCCGAGUUUGCCACCGGAUCACUUUUCUGGAUGGAAAUAGUGCUGGUUCUGUUCUUUGGAUCGGAGUACGUGGUGAGGCUGUGGUCCGCCGGCUGCCGCAACAAAUACGCCGGCAUCAAAGGACGGCUGCGCUUCAUCAGGAAGCCCAUAUCAAUCAUAGACUUGAUUGUGGUCAUCGCCUCCAUCAUCGUGCUGGCUGUGGGCUCCAAUGGCCAGGUCUUUGCCACCUCUGCUAUCAGAGGCAUUCGCUUCCUGCAAAUCCUGCGCAUGCUCCACGUGGACCGGCAGGGGGGAACAUGGCGGCUGCUGGGAUCUGUAGUCUUCAUCCAUCGACAGGAGCUGAUCACAACUUUGUACAUCGGCUUCUUGGGCCUCAUCUUCUCCUCCUAUUUUGUCUACUUGGCCGAGAAGGACGCCGUUGACGAGGAGGGCAAGACGGGCUUCUCCAGCUAUGCUGAUGCCCUGUGGUGGGGCGUGGUGACGGUGACCACCAUCGGCUACGGAGACAAGAUCCCUCAGACGUGGAUCGGCAAGGCCAUCGCCUCCUGCUUCAGCGUCUUCGCCAUCUCCUUCUUUGCUCUGCCGGCUGGGAUCCUGGGUUCAGGGUUUGCCCUGAAGGUCCAACAGAAGCAGAGACAGAAACACUUCAACAGACAAAUCCCGGCUGCGGCUUGUCUCAUCCAGACACUGUGGCGGUGCUACGCGGCAGAGAAACCCAACGGCUGUCUGGCGACGUGGAAAAUGUACGUGCUAACCCCCGAGGCCAUCGCUGCCACGGAACCGGACAACUCCAGUCCGACCAUCAGGAAGCUCAACAUCUCGAAAAAGUGCACCAAAAGGAGGCUGAAGUCGUUUCGAGGUCAGGAGUCCCUGGGCGUGUCCUCCGAGAGGGCCGUGUCCAUCCCUCAAAUCACCUACGACCACAUCGAGGACUCUGUGGACAAGAAAGACGUCUCUUUCUUCAUGGAGGAGCCCGCCGCCGCCGUGCAAGAAAUCACCAGGAUGUACAAACAAACAGGCCCCUGUCAUCAUUCUUGGUCUUCUUUCACGCUCAGCUGCUCUUCCUCUCCAGUGAAGAGAAACCACGAGGACAGAAUGGACUUCACCCGCGCCAGCAGCCUCAAUGACGAGCUGGACUGCGGGACAGAGGACGUUCCCCUCUCUGUGAUGACGGACAGCGCGCAUCUUCUGAGCUGCCCCUUCGUGGCCUCGGUCCAGGACUCUUUCUCCACACACCACCUGAACUCCACAAGGUUGUCUCACGCCCAGAGGUCAGCGGUGAAAGUUCUACGCAGGAUGCAGUACUUUGUGGCCCGCAAGAAGUUUCAGCAAGCGCGUAAGCCUUACGACGUCCGGGACGUGAUCGAGCAAUACUCCCAAGGCCAUCUCAACAUGAUGGUGCGCAUCAAGGAGCUGCAGAGAAGGCUGGACGGCACACUGGGCAAACCGGGCAUGUUCCUGCCAGGUAAAGGGGAAGAUAAGGAAUUCCCGACCAUCGGAGCGCGACUGAUCCGUCUUGAAGAAAAGGUCUAUCAGAUGGACCAGAAGAUGGACUCGGUUCUGCGGAUCCUCACGGAGCAUUUCCUGCCCAAGCCGGAGCUGACGUCCCGGCCCUCCAUCCGCAGGGUGACCAUCCAGAAGCGCAUGGGCGUCAGCAUCGACGAAGGCCUCUGAGGCCCCGCCCCCAACGCGGCGUCACGUCUGCUCCACGCUCCCGACACAUUUCGACACCAACAGCAGGAAAUAUUUUCCACAUUCUUUUCAGUCACGGGCAACAUGGAGUCACUCCAACUUCCUGGCUUGUUUAUUUCAGCGCUCUGCCUCCUCCUCCCUCACGUCUUUUCCUCCCGAUAUCCUUCCACAGCUAAGCAGCCAGCCGUGAAAGCGCUGGCGUUCUCCCAAAGAGUCCAAACGCAGGAGGAGGUGCGACGUUUAUGUUGGCAUGGAGGUUGAGAAGGUGACGGGACAAGGGUGGGCUAAGGGCGACGCGAACGUGUCCGCUUGGGGAGUACGGGUUGAAGUGCUGCUCAUAAAACUUGAUGCUCUUCUCUUUUCCCAUCUUUAGACAAUCUUUUAGUGUUAAGUCGAACAAAAAUGUUGACUCUCUGCUAGAUCCUCAAAAAAACUUUGAUGAGGGAAUAAGAAUGCAAUGGCCAGGAGUACGGUCCAAAAGUGGUCGUAUACACUAUAUUGCCAAAAGUAUUUGGCCACCAGU